AUGUCCGAGUCGCGCCCGGGGCCAGUGUCGCUGGCGCGAUAUCGACCUAUUCUCUACCUUUUCACAGGUGUCGCAGCCGCCUACGCCCUUCUUUACAUUCACAAUAACGUCGUUUCCUCGAAUACCUCCCAAACCUCCAUCCACCGCCGAGGUGCCGUGCGCCGCAGCAGACGAACCGAGGUAGAAGAGCCCAGGCUCAUAGACUCGCCCUCACACCGAGCCAUCUUGCACUUGGAACAACUGGAACGCCAAAAUGGAGUAUACGGUACAUUUCGUAUCGAAACAGAGGAUGGUAGGCGUGUGGAGAGCGGUUUACUUCCAUCGCUGCUAGCAACUCGCGACCAAUUAAUGGAAAAUGUAGGGGUGCCCGAAGCUCAUGCUGAUCGCAUGCGCGAAAUGAUGGAAGACACUUUCCUGGAAUCUUUUUUUGCUCUUGAUUUCCCUCCGGAUCAUAUUAUCUCUGAAGGAACAGCCGAGCGGGCAUAUUUGUCGCAGCAACUGCACCAACGAGGAAUCUCUCAGGCUGGCAUCGAUCGGGUACUGCUCCGUUACAAUGCCGACAACAACUACGGUGAUGAGCUACGAAUGCGAAGACAAAAUGGCGAGCGUGUCACCCUUUCUACAUCCACCUUCCCCGAGGUAGAUCCAUCGCCUCAGAAUCAAGAUGGCGCAGAGACCGUUGUAGACGAUCAAAGUGUGUUUUCAUGGCGUGAUGGAAAUAACGAUGCAUCGCCUACGCGAGAAGGUCAGAAUCUGCUCAACUUGCUUUAUCAUAUUGCCGAAGACCAAGCGCGAAGAGAUGGAUAUAUCCAUCGAGGAGUCACUUGCAACAGCUGCGGGGCCAUGCCUAUUCAAGGUAUCCGUUAUCGUUGUGCAAACUGUAUUGACUACGAUCUCUGUGAGACGUGUGAAGCAAUGCAAGUGCACAUAAAGACACACCUGUUUUAUAAAGUGCGAAUCCCAGCUCCUUUCUUGGGCAAUCCACGCCAGUCACAGCCGGUGUGGUAUCCUGGUAAGCCGGCAAUGCUCCCACGAAGCCUUCCACGGCCACUCGCAAAGCGCCUGACACGCGAGACCAACUUUGAGAAUACGGAACUUGAUGCUCUCUGGGAUCAAUUCCGUUGCCUUGCGAGCUAUGAAUGGGCAGAUGAUCCAAACAAAUUGUACAUGGCCAUAGAUCGCAAGACAUUUGACCGAUGCUUCGUUCCCAACACAUCGAUUCGCCCGCCUCCACCAAGUUUGAUCUAUGAUCGUAUGUUUGCAUUUUAUGAUACCAAUGGCGACAACCUCAUUGGUUUUGAGGAAUUCCUGAAGGGCUUGGCUAGUCUGAACAAUAAAAGCAACGACGAGCGAAUGCGACGUGUGUUUCGUGGGUAUGAUAUUGACAGUGAUGGCUAUAUCGAGCGGAAAGACUUCCUUCGCAUAUUCCGAGCGUACUAUGCUCUCAGCCGAGAACUUACUAGAGACAUGGUUGCGGGAAUGGAGGAUGACUUUCUCGAGGGAGGCGCCCGUGACGUUGUUUUUGGUGGCCAGCCCAUCAGUUCUGCGUUUCCUGGCAGCGUUCCUUCCGGCGAACUAUCACGAAUUGGCGAAGGUAAACGUGUCAACAUUGACGGAGACAUGGAAAUCUUUGAUAAUGAAGGUAUUCUACGACAAGAUGGCCUGGAUACCGGUGACCGUCACUUGAUCACCGGGGAAGCUGCUGUCCGUGAGCAGUUUGGUCGAACGAGGCCAUUGUUUCCAUCUACCUUGCAACUUCCAGGUACUCGGAUUGUGGGCCGCCCUACUCAGUCCAAUCUACGGCAAAGGGAAGCUGACGGUGGGGACAAUGAUGACGACGACGACGACGACGAAAGCGAGCAUGAUGGAUCGAGCUCGUCAGUUGCUAGUAGCGCUUGGCCACCGCCAGAGCAUAUCCAUGAAGAGGAUAUCAUUGAAGCCCUCGGAACGUAUGUACCCCCUCAGGAAAUCACAGAUCCGAUCGAUAGGGCCCGUAUCGUGACAACCCUCUUCAACAGAAUGCGUGACGAAGACCAAAGAAGAAUCGACGAAACUCGCCGAAGUGGAAUCGACGAGCGCUGGCGCCGCCGUGCUUUCUAUACCGACGAAGAAGAUGGUGGAACAAUCCCGGAAGGUUAUGAAAGAGAUCCGGCGUUUGAUGACAUGAGCGAUGAGGACUCUGUCGAGGAAUCGCCAGCUCCUGAGUCACGCCCACCAUCGCCACGCUCACGGUCUUCCUCCAAGGUUCGAUUUGAGGACGAAAUUCCCGAAGAUUAUGAUGAUGUUCGCUCUAACCCAUCAACUUCCUCUCGAAGCAUCCCCGUUGGUGAACGCUGGGGGGGUUUUGAGAUUCCAGAAGUUGAGAGAGAUGUCGGCAAAGAGAUUCUCUACCAGGUCACGCAGCAAGGAUUCAAUGAGCUACUUGAUAUCUUGUUCAAACAAAAGGAGGAUAUACUCAUGGAGGCUUACCGGACCCGUUCUGAGCGCAAGAAAUGGGCCCAUGAGAUUGACCAAGUUCGCAAUGCAUCUCCACCGCCCAAGCCAUCAUCCAAAGAGCCCAUACAGGCGAGAGACGAGGAAGAGCUAGAAGCUAUUACAAGUGACAGGUCUCUUGAAGAUCUUUUGGAACGCACCGGCUACGCCAUUCAAAGCCCAAUUCUAGAAUCUGUUGAUGCAGGUCUAGUGCUAGCACCGCCGUCUACAGAGGCCAUGGCGUCAGAUGACGACGUUCGACCCACGCAUCUUCCCAACCCCGACGAUGAAAUCAAUAUGGGCUUAGAUCAUUCUUUCGAGGACGUGGAUGAUGACAACCACGAUGACGAUGACGACGAUGCCGAUGCUGCAUCAAUUAACACGUAUUCCAAUCCUGAAGACCAAGUCCAAGGCUCUGAAGCUGCCUCCGAAGAUUCAUACGUCGAAGAAUAUAACAGGAUCUCUGAAGAGCCCCUCGACUAUGACCCAACCCUUCCUCAAUUCCGUCCAGACGCUGUGACGACUAGACCUCGUCUUUCUUUCCGUGCCGAGCCAGAGAUUAUGACCGAACGCCACGACAUCGGAUACUCACCCGGUACAUCAAGCUCUGAUCUACCGGGUCGGCUGAGCCUUGAGCCAAAUGGCACAACAUCCCUACCUGCCCCAUCAUCACCCCACGCCUCUUCCCCAGAAGCUGAAGCAACAGCACCUAAACUUCCCCCUUCACCCAUGCAGCCACUGCCCCCUCCGAAAAUGUCCUCUGCUCCAACUUCAACUACCAGCGCCCCUCGCCGGCCUACUUCUCGAACACUCGCGAGAUGGGCAUAUCUCAACCAGGUUGAGCGUGAAGCCAAAGAACGUGGUGGCAAUGGAGCGAAAUUGAACUUUGAAGAGUUUUCUCGCCGAAUGGCCGCCGAUAAAGGGCGUCGACUUGCCUUUGUUGCCAGCUGGAUUGAAAUGGCCAGCUUUUGA